AUGUCUCCCAGCCACGGACGCCACCUAACAGGAGGUGUUACCCUCGAGAACAGUGCCAACGGAGGGGGAGAAAUCUUCUCUUUUCUUUUCGCCCGCUUCCGCUCUUUCACCGGCUUCGUUUUCUGGUGCGAGGCCAGCAGCACCAUGCCGACCGAUCACAACCAGAACUUCAGGAUACGAGGACUGCCCCGCGAAUACGAGACCAGGGCUGACGUUCGUGUAUUGGUCAAGGAAGUUCUUUCUCUCAAACCCAACGCAAGCGUCAUUGUUCAUUCACUUGCGAUUUGUCCUGUCAAACGAGACAGUCGAGUCGCAACUCUCCGCUUCAAUCCCCUCCCAGAUUACUUCUCAGAUCGCUCUAGGAAUGAAUGGGUAGUCAGCCUAACGAACGAGGAUGACUCCGAUUUCAAGGCACCACUCAUUUUCGAUACUCACUUCUCAGGCUUCACGCCUCUUCAACGUACCGUUGACGAGAGUUGUAAUGUAGACUCCUUCCAAAACUUGUCAGACCUGGGCAGAGCUCUCCAGAUUGAUUUGAGAGGUAUUCAGACUAUAGUCAGGAUGAAAGAAGAGAUACACGAAGCGCAUGCAUCGAUUCUAGAUUCUAUCUCUGGAUUCAUAUUCUUUGGCGUUCCUCAUCAAGGCUUGGCCAUCGAGUCACUCGUUCCCUUGGUCAAGAAUCAGCCGAACCGGAGUCUACUUGAGUCGCUCAACAGAAACUCAGCACUCCUCCAACGCCUGGACAAAGAAUUCAACAACGUGAUUAGUGCAAGGAGACCGUCAAUUGUGUCCUUCUACGAAACGGAGAAGUCUCCCACGGCUGUAGAAACUGUCUCAGGUCACUUUCUUUUCGAGAACAAGAGUACAGGUACAGCGAUGUUUAUUCCACAAAGGACACCUGUGGUUGGCUUCUCGAGGAUCCGCAAUACCAAGCUUGGUCGAAUAGUGCGCGAGGCCUUUUCUGGAUCAAAGGAAACCCUGGAACCGGCAACCCUCAUGGACGAUAUUGAGCGCGAAAAGGCACUGGUCAAAAUAUGCUUCUCUUCGAGACAUUAUCCUAUCCUUGGAUGCGAAACGAUGUCAACAAUCCACGUGGAGGAGAAAAACGACGAAGAUAUCAGGCUAGUCGUUCGAGAACGACUCAAGGAAAUUCAACCGGUAGCAAAGCGGCAACAACUCGAGAAUGAAAUCUUGAUGAAGGCUCACGGAGGGUUCCAAUGGGCAAUAUUGAUUGUUGCCGCGAUACUGCAUGGAAGCGCUAUUGGAACUAGCGUCGAGAGUCUGCACAAAAGACUCACAACGAUCCCGGAAGCUCUCGAUGGGUUGUACGCUAGUAUCUUGAGCGGAGUCGACCCUAUCGAGCAGUACCAAAUGACAAAACUGUUCCAAUGGAUUUUAUUUGCCGCACGACCAUUGUCUUCACACGAGCUCCGAGAAGCGCUUGCCGUCGAUUAUAAGGACAAGAAUUGCACAACUAUUUCGCAACUCAGACACCACGACAACUGGACAGAUACUGCGACUCAAUUCGAGAGAAUUGUCACACACAUCUCCAAAGGCCUCGUAGAAUUCCGAACUCGCGAGAUUUGGGAGCAACACGAUCCUGAUGGGGAGGACUGGGACCGGGAAGCUCAGUUCGUCCACCAGUCAGUUGCGGAUUACGUGCUCGGAAAGUUUAUCAAACCCACGCGCCACGAUUCUUCUUGUCAAUCUCCCAUUGGAGCUGGUCACUUUGAGAUAUCGAGAGAGUGUCGCGAAGAUAUGGCCUUGCUACUGCUGGACCGGUCCAUCGAAUGGCAGCUUCAAGAGGAGGCAGUCAACAUCGAGGUCGCUCAAGACAGCAGCCAAGGGCGGCCAAGGAAUUAUCUUUCUCACCUCAAUAUGAAAAAUGGUGAUGGGGAAACGCCCUUAACGGUUGCCGUGACGGUGAAGGCCGGGGAGGUAAUCUUCAAGUUAAUUGAGGCGGGUGCUGACCUCGAACUCUUCGGACAUCAAAUGGGGCUGGUAUUGUAUGCUAUCCGUCACAGAGACAAGAAGCUAAUUUCCAUAUUGUUGGAAAAGGGUGUGGAGCUUGAUGGGGUUAUUUUUUAUGCGGUCAAGCGCCUGUCCGAAGAUAGCGAUCUCGAUGGUCUAGAAAUUUUGUCGAAACUGCUUGAGGCUGGUGGCAACACGCGCAGAUCCACAUAUUUUGACUGGGUAUUCGACGACGAAGAUGAAAUCGAAGAUGAAUUUGCAUACGACAAUGAAGCGAUGAUUUUGGCGUCGCGAAGAGGUCAUACAGCAAUCGUCAGCCUACUCCUGUCACAUGGCGCUUUGGCGGAUAUACGAGACGAUUUCGGUGAUUUCCCAUUGCUGAUCGCUGCAAGUAAUGGCCAUAAGGAAACGGUGGAGGUUCUGCUUGAUCACGCACCGCAUAUAGUUGAAAUGGAGGACGAGUCCGGGCUAACAGCCUUUGACGUAGCCGUUUCGGAGGGCCAUUUUGAAUGGGCAAUCAGACUUCUGCCCCAACAUAACGAACUUGUCGCACCAUAUAUAGCAUUCGAUAUGGCUGUCAAGGCGGGCGAAUGGGAAUUAGUGUCGGCAAUGCUAUGUGCGGAAAUCGAGAAAACGGACCUAGGCAAUGAAGGCGAUCGAAUAGGUCGAACACCAUUCUUGUGGGCUAUCUAG